CCUUUCAGGAACAUCUCGCUCUCACUUCAUCUUUACUUCUAACUGCUCCAGGCGAAGAUGCUUGACGCUCUAAUGGAUGUCGUGCAGGGACUGGGGGUGAGCAGCACCCACUACCUGCAGACCAACUAUAAGGAUGCUCAGGGCUUGUUUCUGUGGGUGUCCUGGGCGGCGGACCUCAGGAACACCUUCUUCAUCUUUUUCCCGCUUUGGUUUCACCUGCGGCCUUCGGUGGGCAUCAAGCUCAUCUGGGUGGCUGUCAUCGGAGACUGGCUGAACCUGGUCUUUAAAUGGAUCCUGUUUGGCGAGAGGCCGUACUGGUGGGUCCACGAGGCGUCUUACUACGCAGACUCCACUCGACCUCACAUUGAGCAGUACCCGAUGACCUGCGAGACCGGACCAGGCAGCCCUUCUGGUCAUGCGAUGGGGGCCGCGGGGGUCUACUACACCCUGGUCACGUCCAUCCUGCUCAUCCUGAGCAGCAACAAGACCCACAAGAAGUCGUCAAACAUCAACUGGUAUGUGAAGGCUGGUCUGUGGUCCCUGUUCUGGGGGGUCCAGGUGUGUGUGUGUCUGUCCCGGGUCUUCAUUGCUGCUCACUUCCCCCAUCAGGUCAUUGCUGGAGUCGUCACAGGUAUGAUCGUGGCCGAGGCCUUCAACAGAACCCGGUGGAUCUACAGCGCCAGCAUGAGGACCUACUGCUACACCACCCUCUUCUUGACCUCCUUCGCGGUCGGGUUCUACCUCCUGCUCAGAGCUGUGGGCGUGGACCUGCUCUGGACCCUGGAGAAGGCUCAGAAGUGGUGCGUCCGGCCCGAGUGGGUCCACCUGGACACCACGCCCUUUGCCAGCCUGCUGCGGAACAUGGGCACCCUGUUCGGCCUGGGUCUGGGCCUGCACUCGCCGCUGUACACAGAGGCCAAAAAGAGCAGCAGCGUUUCGGUCCGAGCGGGGUGCGUCGUCAGCUCGCUGCUGCUGCUGCACCUGUUCGACUUCUUCAGGCCCCCCACCCACACCGCCGCCCUCUUCUACCUGCUGUCCUUCUGUAAGAGCGCCACCGUGCCCCUGGUCACCGUCAGCCUCAUCCCGUACUGCGUGAACAGAGCUCUGAGUGUGCACGACAAAAAAGGCAUGUGAGCCAAACCCAAAGACUGAAGAGACUCUUCAACGUGAACUUUAUUUUGGUGCUCCGUGUUUUACUGGACUCGGAGAAGCUUCGAGGCGUCGUGCCGUUUGGACACUGAACCGCUGAGGAGCGCUCCGCUCGUUUCUGGGAUCUGGACAAAGAUGAGCGCGUGUUUCAGGGAAUGUUUGCGUGUCGGCUUUGAUAGGUUAUUCCAAUUGUCAUAAAAGUGUAUUUUUGAAAGUAUUUUUUUGAAUAUUUUUUAAUAAAAAUCAGU